AGGGAAGAAAAAGAGUUCCCGAGCCGAGCCGAGCCGAGCCGGAGCUCCUCCAAAUUAUGCAUUGAAGACUUAAGCGUGCACGUCCACUUCUGACCAGACUGCGUGUUUGUGCGUGCAUGCAUGCGUGCGUGUUUAUCCCCGAAAGUGUAAAAGAACCGGGACUGAUGCGCACCGUCCACUGUCCAUUUCCUCCCCACAGGUUUUUGGGACGCAUAUUUUUGGGGGGAUCACAUUUUCAGGACUAUGGCGGACGACGACAUCCUCUUUGAAGAUGUCUACGAGCUCUGCGAGGUCAUUGGCAAGGGUCCCUUCAGCGUGGUGAGAAGAUGCAUCAACAGGGAGACGGGGCAGCAGUUUGCUGUCAAAAUCGUGGACGUGGCCCAGUUCACCUCCAGUCCUGGACUCAGCACGGAGGAUCUGAAGAGGGAGGCCAGCAUCUGCCACAUGCUGAAGCACCCCCACAUUGUGGAGCUGCUGGAGACGUACAGCUCAGACGGGAUGCUCUACAUGGUUUUCGAGUACAUGGACGGAGCAGACCUGUGUUUUGAGAUUGUCAAGAGGGCGGAUGCUGGCUUUGUCUACAGCGAAGCAGUGGCCAGUCACUACAUGAGACAGAUCCUCGAGGCGCUACGCUAUUGCCACGACAACAACGUCAUCCACCGAGAUGUCAAGCCUCACUGUGUGCUGCUGGCGUCCAAAGAGAACUCUGCUCCGGUGAUUGGGGGGUUCGGAGUUGCCAUCCAGCUUGGAGAAUCAGGACUAGUGGCAGGAGGUCGGGUAGGAACUCCCCACUUCAUGGCCCCGGAGGUGGUGAAGAGAGAGCCGUACGGUAAACCUGUGGACGUGUGGGGCUGUGGAGUCAUCCUCUUCAUCCUCCUCUCAGGCUGCCUGCCUUUCUACGGCACCAAGGAGCGCCUGUUUGAGGCCAUCUGCAAGGGCAAAUACAAGAUGAAUCCACGCCAAUGGGGCCAAAUCUCAGAGAGCGCCAAGGAUCUGGUGAGGCGCAUGCUGAUGCUGGACCCUGCUGAGAGGAUCACCGUCUACGAGGCUCUGAACCACCCCUGGCUGAAGGAGAGGGACAGGUACGCCUACAAGAUCCACCUGCCAGAGACUGUUGAACAGCUGAGAAAGUUCAACUCCAGGAGGAAGCUGAAGGGGGCAGUUCUGGCUGCAGUGUCCAGUCACAAGUUUAAUUCCUUCUAUGGAGACCCCCCCGAGGAACUCCACGACUUCUCCGAAGACCCCACAUCCUCAGGGGCUGUCUCUCAGGUGUUGGACAGUUUAGAGGAGAUCCACGCUUUGACAGACUGCAGUGAAAAGGAUCUAGAUUUCCUUCACAGUGUUUUCCAGGACCAGCAUCUACACACACUGCUCGAUCUCUACGAUAAGAUCAACACCAAGUCGUCCCCACAUAUCAGAAACCCCGCCAGUGAUGCCGUGCAGAGAGCCAAAGAGGUACUGGAAGAGAUCUCCUGCUACCCAGAGAACCACGAAGCUAAAGAGCUCAGACGGAUACUGACCCAGCCGCAUUUCAUGGCUUUGCUUCAGGCCCACGACGUGGUGGCCCACGAGGUCUACAGCGACGAGGCCCUGAGGGUGACCCCUCCACCCACCUCGCCCUACCUGAACGGAGACUCCCCGGAGAGCACCAACGGAGACAUGGACCUGGAGAACGUCACCCGGGUCCGCCUGGUCCAGUUCCAGAAGAACACAGAUGAGCCAAUGGGUAUCACGCUGAAGAUGAACGAGUCAAACCACUGCAUCGUUGCCAGGAUAAUGCACGGGGGGAUGAUUCACAGACAAGGAACGCUGCAUGUAGGAGAUGAGAUCAGGGAGAUCAACAGCAUCAGCGUGGCCAACCAGACUGUUGAGCAGCUGCAGAAGAUGCUGAGGGAGAUGCGAGGCAGCAUCACCUUCAAAAUAGUGCCAAGUUACCGGACGCAGGGCUCCUCGUGUGAGAAAGAGUCCCCCAACACCUCUGGGCAGUCCCCUGCCAAUGGCCACUCCAGCAUUAACAGUUCUAUCUUGGACCUGCCCUCCACCAUUCAGCCCAAAGGUCGACAGAUCUACGUGAGGGCUCAGUUCGAGUACGACCCCUCCAAAGACGAGCUCAUCCCCUGCAAGGAGGCCGGCAUUCGCUUCCAGGUGGGCGACAUCAUCCAGAUCAUCUCCAAGGACGACCACAACUGGUGGCAGGGCAAACUGGAGAACACGAAAAACGGCACGGCAGGCCUCAUCCCGUCGCCGGAGCUGCAGGAGUGGCGGGUGGCGUGUAUAGCCAUGGAGAAGACCAAGCAGGAGCAGCAGGCCAGCUGUACCUGGUUUGGCAAGAAGAAGAAGCAGUACAAAGACAAGUAUUUGGCAAAGCACAACGCAGUGUUCGACCAACUAGAUCUCGUCACGUAUGAAGAGGUUGUGAAGCUUCCUGCUUUCAAGAGGAAAACAUUAGUUCUGUUGGGCGCCCAUGGAGUUGGCAGAAGACACAUCAAGAACACACUCAUCACCAAACACCCCGACAGAUUCGCCUACCCAAUUCCACACACAACCAGACCUCCAAAGAAGGACGAGGAGAACGGGAAGAACUACUACUUUGUCUCCCACGACCAGAUGAUGCAGGACAUCAGCAACAACGAGUACCUGGAGUACGGCAGCCACGAGGACGCCAUGUACGGGACGCGGCUGGAGACCAUCCGCAUGAUCCACCAAGAGGGACACAUAGCUAUACUGGACGUUGAACCUCAGGCCCUGAAGGUCCUGCGGACGGCAGAGUUUGCCCCAUAUGUCGUCUUCAUUGCUGCACCAACUAUUACGCCAGGCAUCAACGAGGACGAGUCGCUCCAGCGGCUGCAGAAGGAGUCAGAGAUCCUGCAGAAGACCUACGCCCACUACUUCGACCAGACCAUCAUCAACAACGAGAUCGAUGAGACCAUCAGGCACCUGGAGGAGGCCAUCGACCUGGUGUGCACCACCAGCCAGUGGGUUCCCGUGUCCUGGGUCUACUGACCCUGCAGCCCUGAGAGACACCACCACCUCCACCUCCCAGCAACAACACCUUGGCCAAACUCCCAUCAUUCCCUCUUCGAAGUAAGAAUAAGUAAUAAACUUGUGGGAAACCCUCUCUCUACACUGCACCCCCCCCGUCAGCGUACUGUGAAAGCAACCACAGCAUUCGAACCGACAUCCUCCUGAACGCUGCACCACCAACCCGCGGCGGCCAGUAAUCGGACUCUCGCCCUGACAGACGACCUAGACAUAGUGAUGUAUAAAAAAAACACAGAGUUUAAAACAAAAAGUGAAUAUUGUCAUGUCUGUACUAGCUAGGAGGCAACAUUUUUGUAGAUGUUUGUUUUAAAGAGACAGUACUGUUAUCCCGUCCUCCCAUCACAUUGUAGUCCUGUUGGGUGUUGUAGUUCUAAACCAUCUGUAGAAGGACACUGUCGGGGUAUUCUGCCUACAAGCAGACUGAACUAAAAGCACACAAACCCACUGCGAUGUCUCCUCAUCUGUAGAUCAUGAUUAUUUAUUCUGUCUGGUUCUUUUUCUGAGCUGUAACGCUGGGUUUCAUCGUCUCACGAUCCCACCGUAGGCUUUCGGUACAGUUACAUCAUCACACACAUACGCACCUUCCUGCUAACCGACCAGGUACUGUCUCUUCUAAAUAAAUCCAUAAAUGUUUUAGAGAUUUGAAUGAGGAUAUCAUGCAUGUGGACAUUUGCAAGCUUCCAUGCUGUCAGUCAGUCAGUGUUCCCAGUGUCCCUCUGUAAACCUCCAAGAAAGAAAAGAAGACAAAAAUAUAUAUAUAUUAAAAAAAAUAAAAAAACAUUCCAACUGUUUGGAAGACUGAACUCAAGGGACGCAAGCGGGAGCAAGAAAAAACGGAGCCGGACGUUGACUUGACACCUAUGCACAUCCCUUGCAUUUCAGGUGACAUUUCUAAACCACAGAUUUAUAAAACAAAAAAAGGAGAAAAAAAAAUGAUCGACCAUGUAGUGAGAUGUGUUUGUAAAAAGGAAAAAAAUCUAAUAAAAGACUUGAUUUUUCUCUUUUUGAUUUGUCAUACACGGAAAAAAAGGCAAAACAAAUGUCACCUUAUUCUUCAUUUGCCAUUUCAGAAAUGUGAUGUCCGAGAGUAUUAAUGUUUCAAUCAAGUUUAAAAAUUGACGAGAGAUGACAUUUUUAUUACGCAACUGUGUAACUUGUCUGCAAAGGAUUAUGUACACUAUCCAUUCUGCAAAGGUGACGACUCUGCGAGGGAAGAGGACGCAGCGUGUGCAUCUGAAUAACCUGUAUAUGAAUAUCGGCAGACUGACGUACAAACUGCCUCUUGUGUAAAUGACUCUGCAAUGAUAAAAGUUCUUCAGUAUGAACAGUUUUUUAAAUAUAUUUCCUUUUAUG